AUGGAUAGGGGAAUGAUGGAGUCGGUAGUGGGCAUUAGAAGGGAGGUGUAUCAGCAUUUUGCUAAUAAAUAUGUGGAGGACGUUCCAAUUAGACCAGUGAUGGAUGGAGCGGUGUUUAAGAGAAUUACUGAAGAAGAGGGGGCUUCUCUAGAAUUUAGCUUUUCAAAGGAAGAAGUCAAGGAGGCAAUUUGGAAUUGUGAUGGUUCGAAAUCUCUGGGACCUGAUGGUUAUUAUAUUCUUUUUAUUAAGAAUUGUUGGUUGUUUCUCAAGGAGGACAUUUUGGCUUGUUUUAGAGAUUUUCAUGCGGGGGUUGUUCUCUCUAAGUCGAUUACAUCGUCCUUUUUGACUCUUAUUCUGAAGAGGGAUCAUCCUUUGGAAUUAAAUGAUUACAUGCCUAUUUGUUUGAUAGGGUGUAUCUAUAAAAUCUUAGCUAAGGUGUUGGCGGACAGAUUGGAGAAGGUUAUAGGAGUAAUUAUAUCGGAUUGCCAAAGCGCUUUCGUCUUGGGAAGUAAACUUCUUGCCAAAGCGCUUUCGUCUUGGGGGGAUUUGGUUGAGUUGGAUGGAAACAAUGAUAUGCCCUGGUGA